CAUUUCUUUUCCUUCAUUUUUAUUCCUCUUCUGUUUCCUACAUCACGUAGCUGGUCUACAAUUACAUCCACAACACCAACACCACUUCCUAAUUCGGUAAUCACCGGCCACCCAUUAAGACAACACCAACACAUUUCAUUCGCCCUUCCCACGGUUUACCGCAUCAUGUUCUACAACGAAAAGACGGGGGCAGUGCCUCCAGUACCUUCAAAUCUCAACGCCAACACCUGGCAUACAGUCGACCUCAACCUCCGGUCCGCUCCCCAGCUUCAGCCGCACGCCCACACCGCGCCAACCGUCACCCCCUACUUGGGGCUCCGAGCAAGACUCUCACAGCUCUGGUUCAACCGGUGGACCAUCCUCCUCAUCCUCGUCCUCGUCCGGGUCCUCAUCCUGACCGCCGGCCUUAACGACAACAUCGGCGAUGCUAAGGUCAAGGCCCUGUCGGCAUGCACCAAGGUCGAGGACAUCGGCAGUGCCAUGGCGUCCAUGCCGCACUACCUCUCGGUAGGCGUCAACUCAAUGGCCUCCGAAGGAAUCACCACGGCUGUGUCGGGUAUGGUAAAGAUGUUGAUGAUGAUUUUGACGGGCGUCGAAAACCUUAUCCUCUUCAUCAUCAAUAUGUACGUCGGGACGUACGCAUGCCUUAUUGCGGCUUUGAUCCACGGCGGCCUAGACGUUUCGGUCAAGGUCGUUGAGGGCGCCACCAAGGUCAUGAACGAUGCCAUCGGUACAAUUACCGGCCAGAUUACCGAGUCCAUCUCCGACGUCCAGAGCACCAUCAACGACAUUCCCAACAAGAUAUCCAACUUCCUAGGUGGUGUCGACUUGAAGCUCCCCAAGAUCGAUAUUGGCAAGAGCCUGGAAGACCUUGAAAACAUCGAGAUCAACAGUAACGAGCUCGUCAAGGAUAUCGUUGCCCUCAAUAAGACGAUCCCGACUUUCGACCAAGUUGAGAAUUUCACUAAGAAUGCAAUCGCCAUCCCUUUCAACUUCCUCAAGGAGCAGGUAAACAGCAGUUUCGGCUCGUACAAGUUCGACGACUCCGUCUUUCCCGUGGCCGAGAAACAGGCGCUCUCCUUUUGCUCGAACAACAGCUUUCUCAACGACUUCUUCGAAACGCUGUUCAACAUUGUCCGUACAGCUAAGAUUGCCUUCUCCGUCGUUAUCCCCAUCUUAGCCGUCCUGGCGAUUAUCGGUAUGGGAUAUAUCGAGAUCCGGCGCUGGCGGAGGGAGAAGCAGCGCUCUCGCGAGUUCACCGAGCGCGGCUACGAUCCUAUGGAUGUUGUCUAUCUUUCCUCGAGGCCGGUGACGGGCGGGGUCGGGUUGUGGCUGUCGGCCAAGUUCAAGACUGUGAAGAAGCAGCUCCUCGUCCGGUGGACGAUUGCGUACGGGACUUCGCUGCCUGCCUUGUUCGUCCUCUCGCUUGCUUUCGCCGGCCUCUUUUCUUGCCUUUGCCAGUUCAUCAUCCUGCGGGCCAUCCAGCAGGAGGCCCCCGCACUGGCCAACCAGGUCGGAGACUUUGCUGGAGAUGUCGUCGGGACGCUCCAGCAGGUGUCGACGAACUGGGCCGAUGACGCCAAUGGGGUUAUCAUCAAGCUCCAGGACGACAUCAACGACGAUAUGUUCGGCUGGGUCAACAACGCCACGACGUCCGUCAAUAACACGCUCAACACGUUCGACGAAGAGAUCGACAAGGCCAUCACAGCCGUUUUCAAGGACACUAUCCUAUUCAAUACAGCGCGCAACCUGGUCGGCUGCCUUAUCACGCGCAAGAUCGAGACGGUACAAGAGGGCCUCACCUGGGUCCACGACAACGCGCACGUCACGCUCCCGCUCUUUGCCAACAAUGUCUUCUCGCAGGGCGCCAACAAUAGCGUCAAUGGCGACAGCGACCUGACCAGCUUCUUGGCCUCCCCGUCAACCGUCACCACCGACGAGAUCACCUCGGCCGUCAACCAGGUCAUUACCAAGCUCGAGAACGGCAUCGUACAGGAGGCCCUGAUCUCUACCGCGCUCCUAUUAGUUUACGUCAUCGUCGUCCUCUCCGGCGCCGUCCGCGCCCUGGCGGCGUCGGCGCAGAAGGAGAAGACACGGGCCGAGGGGGGCGAGCAGUACGGCGUCAAGGCGCCCCCCAGCCGCGGCAGCAGCAGCGCGAGCAGCGGGGACAGCGACGACCACCACCACGGCCACGAGCGCGACCCUAGCGACUUUGAGCGCAAGGGCGUCAUCUACGCCGGCAGCGUCAAGAGGGGGCGGCCGGGACCAGAGCAGUGGCCGUCGCACGCCAGGAAAAGCAGUUACCCGGAGGUGGAAGGCCCAGACCGCUAGAGGUCGUCUGUGGCACGCCCGCGUCGUGACUCGAGUCCGCGGUCGGUAGGCGAUGGAUGGGACUUGUCGAUGCCGCCGCCGCCGCCAAAGUACUCGCCGGUCUAGCUCUGGGUGGGAUUGGAUAAGACGGCGGAUAAUUAAUUGCUUCGUUGCAAGUGCGCGUUCCUUUUGUUUUUCCGGUAGAUGAAUAGAUACCCGUUUAAUUUGGAAUGACGUUUUGACUUUGG